AUGGUUGCCUGCAAAGUGAUUUUGGCCGUCGCCGUCGUGUUCAUGGUUGUAGCUGUUGUUCAAAUCCAGGGUAGACCCAGCGACAUAACGGUACAUGAUAUGAAGAUCACCGAUGAAGCAUGGGACAAUACAUUUUCAAAAAGCAUGGCCAGCAUAGUGCCUAGGGCCGAAAAUGCAGUUCUUAGUAAUUCGAUGCAUGAGAAAACUAAAACCUGGAAGUCCGAUCAGUUCGAGGAGUCCGCCAAGAUAGAAUAUGUUUAG